GAUUUAAUCAACAAAAAAAAAAAAAUAAUAAGAAGAAACGAAAGAAGAUCGAAGAACUUUGAAACUAUGCAUUCAGUCAAAGAUGGUGAAACUUUCUCCAACGUCUCUGUGGAAGAGCACUUCAGCGUCUCACAAUCUAGUUCUGGUGGACAGUUUGUAGGCCCUACAGAGCAAAUUUCAACGGCAGCCGAAGCACUUGUCGGAAGAUCGACGACCUUAACGGAGGCUCUCAAAGCAGCGGCUAUUAACGUUGGCCACAAACCGGUUGAAACCACCGACGUAGCUGCCAUAAAAGAGGUGGAAGCCAGAGCUACCGGAGACGACGUAGAGAAGGCUGGCGGUGUAACCACCGUGGCGAAAGCGGCGGUUUCUCGGAACGAGAAAAUAGAUGAAAAAGAUGAGAAGACGAAACUGCGUGACGUUAUCGCGGAGAUUGAUGUAAGGGUAACGAGAGACAGAUCAGUGACAAGUGAAGACGCAGAAGCAGCGGUUAAGGCUGAGCUCACUCAUUCUCCUCUCAACAAUAUUAUUCCUGGAGGCAUCGCUGAGUCCGUCACUGCAGCUUAUAAACUUAAUCGCAUGUCCUUCACCUCUUAAUAUAAUCGCACUUUAUGUAAGAAUCGUAUCACAUAUGUGUAACGGUUUUAUGCUUUUGUUGCUACACCUCUGUUUUUUGGAAGUUGAAUUUACGGUUUGAAAAAAUAUGUAAGAUGCGAAGUAGUUUUGUUUCACAUACAAGCCGGA